UCGCGCCGCUUAUUGCACCGGUGGGUGAGACAUAUAUAGAUCUAUAGGCUGCAUUGUUCUUAAGUCUUCUCGACACUCGUUAUUUAUCCAUCACACUACUGCCUGCCACUCCGCCAGUAGUAUAAUCAGGGUAUCAUCAGGUGUGUACGAAACGUACGAGCAAAUAAAGCAAGAUUCAUCCUGCACUGGAGAGCCAGUUUAAUCCGCGAUCGUAUAGUUCAUGUCAUCGGAUUAGUCGUUGCAGUACAAAGCGAGUGGUGUAGAUUCUAGAAGAAUAUCGUAGCGUGCGCGGACACGGUAGAGAACAAGUGAGGCACGGCUGCAACAGACGACGAACUGUAUAUAGGUAUAUAGGUACUGUAGCGUUUUGCUUUUGAGAUGACAGCGUGUUCACAUUCAUGAAGCUUCUCGGAAAAGCCCUCUAGGUCUUGCGUCUGUCGUGCAAUCGUAUUCCAUUAUCAGGUGACAAAGCAUCGGUGUAUGCAAGAGUCGAAGUUGUUUUUUUCAAGGUUAGGUUUGGAAUCGAUUUGAUAUAUUUUGGGCACAACGAUGGCGGACGCUGAUGCUAAUAAGCAGCUUGAUUCAGCUAGGAAAAAAAGCGGAAGAACGAGCUUUCAUUCUGAGCAAUUUACGUAUACCUGGGUAAUAGAAGAAUAUUCCAAGUGCCAGAACGAACAGAAUAAUUUAGAAAUCGUUUCUCCCAAGAUAGUCGUGAAUCAUUCUAAUCAUAAAUAUGAAUUUAAAUUGGCCAUAUAUCCUCUGAGGUCCGAUCCAAUUCGCGGUGGAUCUAAUACCUGCAUAGAUCUCCAAGUGCUCACCUGUCCUAGCAAUGAGACAAAUGUCCAUGUAAAACGUUGUUUUAUACGAAAGGACGGAACCGAAUAUAAUCCAGUAUCAGCAACUUUUGCUAUUAAGAACUGUGCAGUUUUCCAAAAUUAUUGUAUCGCGCCGUCCACCGUUUAUAGUACAUGUCUUUCCAAUGGUAACCUCACGAUAAGAUGUACAUUUACUUUUCGCCGCAGUGUAUCCCGCGACAAGCCGGAAUAUCUGCAGUUAGACGCAGCAAAGUCUAUUCACGACGAAUUCGCAGAACUUCUUUACUCCGGCAAAUUCAGUGACUUAACGCUAGACCUAGGCGAGAAGAAAUUCAAGGUGCACAAAAGCAUUUUAGCCACCAGAAGUCCGGUUUUUUCAGCCAUGUUCGAGCACGAAAUGCUCGAGAAUAAGGAGAACGUAGUGAAAAUCACCGACGUCGAACCCGAUAUCAUGUCUGAAAUACUGCUCUUUAUCUACGCGAACAAAGUGAACAGCAUAAAGGAAUUGACGGCCGGUAUAUUUGCUGCCGCCGACAAAUAUCAGCUAGAGGCUCUGAGGCUCAUGUGCGAAGAUGUGUUUUUAGAGAAGUUAAGCCUUGAUAACCUAACGGAGAUUUUGAAGAUCGUGAAUAAAUACGAAACAUGUCCGCGACUUCGUGAUGCUGUAUUACAGUUCUUAUUGAUCAAUGGAAGCGAAGUUGCUAAUUGGAAAAAUUUCGAUAACGUCAUGAAAACUCUCUCACCGGCAUUACUGUUCGAGGUAACCAAGGCGGCAAUGAUGAAGUCUUAAAUUUCGAUAAACUCUUUACAUAUGUAACAAAAGUAUGAUGUUUUUCAUACUUAAUGUGUAUUUAAAAAUAGAAUGAAGCAAAAAUCUUAUAAAUUGAUCAUCCUAAAGUUUUUUAUUAGAUGAAUUAGACUAUAAAAUACUUUGCCGGCAAAGCAUUCAAAUCUCCCGCGCGCUGUAGCUAAAGAAGUUCUCGCUGCAGUUGCAUCAUGGGUGAAUUCUGUAAGGUGGCGCUUGGAAAUCCCGCAGUGUGAGCUAUAUUUAGAACACCCAGCAACAGCAGUAUCACAGAGACUAUACAGUCAGCGAGUCAACGAUCAGCUGGCGGACGAUGCUCCGGAGUUAUAUACAAUAACAAGUUUGCGUUCAUCAAUAGAGGCUGCGAAGAAUAAUUUUACUGAUAUUUUACUCGGUUUUCAUUGACAACAUUUCUGUCUGACUGUUCCAGGUACAAAAAAAAACUCGAAAUCAUGGACCGAAAAUCCUCCCAAAGCGAAUCGCCGACCGAGAAGCACGUGCUGACGGUCAACAAAUGGGGCCGAACACGGUUGCAGUUCACCGAGUUCUCCUACACCUGGUCCGUGGAAAACUUCGCUUUCUGUCGUCACCGGGAUCCCGGCUACAGCAUCACCUCGCCUAUUUUCACGGCCUUCAACUACAGCGACAAGUACCAGUGGCAGAUAAUUCUCUACCCGACUGGUUACGACGUCGACAACAAGGACUACCUGUCGAUACAACUGAUCAAGGUCUCGAGUCCCGACGACCCAAAACACGCCUCCAUACGACUCGCGAUUGUCGACAGUCAGGGCAGAGAAGCUUUUGCUACCGAGAAGUUUGUUCUGAUCCUCAAGAGCCUCGAGUACGCGCUCGACAUCAAACACUUUGCUGGGCAGAACGACGUUUUUGACGGAGCUCUGGAAGACGGCGAUUUGACGAUCAAGUGCAGGAUACUCUUCGAUAACGGCGUGUCGCAUUUCGACUCGGACACAGAAGCCGACACUGCUGGAUUCAAUCUCAAUCAGAAGAUGGCUAGGAUGCACAUGCAUUGAUGGGUUGAGAGGAAGAGACUGAUGGUAUGAUGAAUAUACUGCGAGGCCUUUUGUUUUGCAUUGAAUUUCGAUGAAUAAUAGCACUGUGUGAUUUUUUUUAUCUUCGAGUACAAAUAUUUGACGAGCAAUGAUUUAUCUUUAGGUAUAUAUUGUUAAGAAAUUAUGCCGAUGCAUUAGUCACUUUAAAUAACCGAACGAAAUACGUAAAUUAUUUAUUAAACAGUAUAUUGCACAAUAUAUUUAUGAUAGUUAUUAAUAAAGACUUUUUACUAUCUUCAAUCGA